AUGACACCUCAUACGGACACACGCGCACGUCAUGUAGUAAUAUCAGUCGAUGAAUCCAAUGACAACGAUGAUGAACACAAACAAAUACACGUCGUUGGAUCGGGUGUUGAACAACAAAGUUCAAAUUCAUGUAAACAAUCAUUUCUAAUAGCUAUGCAGGAAAUUUUUGACCUAUUAAAGCUGCCCAUAUUUCGAAUAUUGAUUGUAUCCAUGAUUUUAAUUUGGUCAUUAGAUGAAACUAACUUUCUAUUUUUAAUCGAUUUACUCAAAACCACUGGUCAAAAUGAAGAAAAAUCAACCAUAAUAAUUGCACUUACGGGAGCAACUGAUUUAAUUGGACAAUUAUUUUUCGGAUAUCUCGGUGAUAUCAAACAUAUUAAUUCAUUUGUAUUAUGGGCUGUAACCGCAAUUCUUAGCGGAUUAACAAUCGGAAUAGCUCCAUUAAUGGCUACAACGAAUCUAGUAGGAUUAUAUAUGGUAUUUGCUGUACAUGCCUUCUUUUUAUCGGCUCCAAACGCACUUGGAAACGUAAUAAUGAUUCAGGUUGUUGGGAUGAGUCGAUUUGCUAUGGCAUAUGGAUUUAGUUUGUUAGUAUCAGGCUCAACAUCUCUUCUUGGGUAUCCUCUAUUAGGUACGUUAGAUAAAUUACUCAGCAGCUUUGAACAAAAAUUGAUGUCGAGGUAA